ACCGGCCAACGGCAUGGCCGCCGCGUCGAGAGGUCUCGUUCGUCGUCUCAACCAGUUUCUCUUGAGGUCUCUCUCUCCUUCUCCUUCUCCGGCAGCUCUAUACAAUACCUCCCACUUGAGAAUGUUCUGUGCGGAGGCUGAAAAGGAAGACGAUUCCCGAGUUAUUGAAGCCAAGCCUGGUGUUAUGACCCGCGAUUCCAAGCGUAGCGGUGCUAUCGCCGUUAAGUGUGGAAUGACGGCGUUGUGGGAUAAGUGGGGCGCCAGAAUACCCAUCACCAUUCUUUGGUUGGAUGAUAACAUCGUCUCCCAAGUCAAGAUCCCUGAAAAGGAAGGCUUCUGUGCGCUUCAGGUCGGGUGUGGACAAAAAAAGGAGAAGCAUUUGAGGAAGCCUGAAGUGGGACAUUUUAGAGCUCAAGGUGUCCCCAUGAAAAGGAAGCUGAGGGAGUUCCCAGUGACUGAGGAUGCUCUUCUCCCAGUUGGAACUUCCAUUGAUGUUCGCCAUUUUGUUCCAGGCCAGUAUGUCGAUGUCACUGGAAUUACAAAAGGGCAUGGCUUUCAGGGUGGCAUGAAAAGAUGGGGAUACAGGGGUAUGCCUGCAUCGCAUGGUGCAUCAUUAUCACACCGAAGUAUCGGUUCUACUGGUCAAAGGGACGCUCCAGGAAAGGUUUUUAAAGGAAAGAAGAUGGCUGGACACAUGGGUGUUGAGCAAAGAACAGUAAAAAAUGUUUGGGUUUACAAAAUUGACCCUGCAAGGAACUUGCUGUGGGUAAAAGGCCAAGUUCCAGGUGCAACGGGAAAUUUUGUUUUUAUAAGAGAUGCAGUGUACAAGAAGCCGGACGUUUCAUUGCUUCCAUUUCCUACUUAUUUUGCACCAGAAGACGAGGACCCUGAAAAAUUGGAAUCUUUGGUAGCUGAUAUUGGUGAUACAGACCCCUUCAUGGCAGCAGAUUGAAUGAACUCAAAAGGCCACACUGCUAUGUCUAAUGUUUUGGUUUUGUUUUAUUUUUAGGAGAAGUGGUGUAAUUGGUUUAAAUGGUUUUUUUAUGCCUUUGAGAUUUAGAUUGAACUAGAGCAUAGUUCAACAAGCCCUUGGGAUGGUUCGUUUUGAACUCGUUGGAUUUGGCAUGCUACAAGAAUAGGAGGUACUAAGAGAUGUAGUUCGAUUAUAUUGUGAAGAAUCCAUGCCUGGGUUUUCAUAAUGUUUUGCUGUCAUUAUUGUCAAAAUUCCUUUAAUAAAUCAAUGGUGACGAAAAUAAAACAUGUACUUUACGGAGUGU